ACAAAGAAGACCAGGCCUUUCCUCUUCCUCGUCCUCAUCCCCAUCCCUUUCCGCUUCCCCUGCCCCUGCCCUUUUAUCUAACCCUCAACUAGUACAUGGACACAUUGGCCCUUCCUCCGACCCUCAAAUGCGAACUGAAUUUACUUCAGUUCCAUCGCCUUCGGUUCCACCUUCUUCUUCAACGCAACACUCGAAUUAUGAAGAAGAUACCCGAUUCAUGAUAGCCCCAUUUGGAGAUUCAUUCACGGAUUCUACGCAUGUUGUGAGGAGACUUAAUAAAAUAAUCGAUAACUAUUGGAUGGGGCAGUUUAGUAGUUGGACCACUGCUCCAAAAGAAGUAAAGGAAUUGUGGUGGAAUGAGUUCAAGCGGAAGUUCAGGUGGGAUGAAGCGGAAGAGAAAGAAGUUAAAAGAAUUUUUAAGAAGAAAGCCGAUGAUCACAUGUGAAAUGUGAUGAAUAGAGCAAAGAGAAGACAAGAAAAGCCGGAUUUUAUUACAGCUGACAAUUGGGCGGAAAUCAAAAGAACUUGGGACACCGAAAAGCAUAAGCAAA